ACGCUCGUGCGAUUGAAUAUUCCAUCCGGAAAUGGUGGGCCCGGUCAGAGUGCCGUAGAAUUGCUUACUAGCGAAAGCGAUCCACGCUCAGCGCCGGCAAUGAUGGACAGACUAUCGAGCUCCAAAGUCACGGUCGAGUAUCACGAUCCGUCUGGUCUCUUUCCACUUGUUCAGGAGCAAUUAGUCUCACGGUUUCCACUCAGAAAUCUACACUGGAAGUCGCCCACCCGACCUCUACGAUCCAUCGACUCAUUACACGUUGAUCUUGUACCAAGUUCCGAUUCUGUUCAAGCACCUGGAUCCAGUUCGACAGGUUUGGCUGCUCCAGAUGUAGCCCAAGGCACCUCUACACCGACAACUACGGAGCAUUCGCGGGGCCCUUCAAAGGAAAGACGACAUCAAAUUCCAGGCCUGCGGAGAACGCCCUAUUUAAAAGUAUACCUUUUGAGAUGUGAUGACUCCGACAGUUACAAGGCUAGUGUGCGUAAGCAACUGCGAGAAUGGGUGAAGACGCACACGCCGCCUUCCCAGAGUAGUUCGUCUGCUAGCACCCAGGAGAAUCACGAUGCUUUUGAAUGGAUGAUUCUGCAUGUCGUUGUUCCGGACACGCCUGCGGCCAGUCAGCCUCGGGGCUCCUCUAACGCAGCCACCGGAGAAAAGGAAAAGACCAGUAGAAUGUCGCGAUUUACAGGUGGAACGACGACCAUCCUUGAGAAAAUCCGUGCCGAUUUCAACAACGCUUCGAAGUCUGCUCCUGACCGCGUAGCCCAGAUACGCCUUCCGAAGGAGCAAGUACCACCGCACAUACUCCCCACCACCGCGUCGGUAACGAGCCCGCCCAUAGCUGAGAGCCCACAGGAGCAGGAGCGUGUAUGGAAUGAUGUUAUUGCCAAAUUCAAGGUCCUAAUAUUACUUUCGUUUGAUCAACGUGUCAGUCACUACGAAGAAGACAUCCGCGAAAAAGACUCACAGCGGGUUCUUCCAGGCUGGAAUUUCUGCACUUUCUUCAUGCUCAAGGAAGGGCUAGCGAGAGGGUUUGAAAGUGUCGGUUUGGUUGAAGAUGCACUCCUUGGAUACGACGAGCUCUCUAUUGGCCUUGAUACUAUAAUUCGUGACCAAGCAACUGAAGGAGGCGUGACCACAGGCGGUGUACUAUCGGAUUACACCGAAAAUAUUUAUGAGCAAGCCUCAGACAUUCUCAAACGGUCUCAAAAAGAGAAUGGGUCUCGUAAAGAACCUCAGCCAUAUCUUCGCGACGAGAGCCCGAUUAACGCGACCAAGAAAGAUUAUCGUGGACUCAUUCUUUCCAAUAACAUCUCCAUCUUCGACUUCCAUACGUACAUAUUUGCGCGGCAAAUGUCGCUCCUGUUACGGCUGGGCAAUUCUCAGUCGGUGAGAUCAGAUUUGGCGGCGAAGUUGCAGCCAAGACCGAGCGCUGGUAUGCUCCAGCGAUCGGCAGAUGACAGCUCCGUUGGAACGAAAUCAACUACGUCCACCAACGAUUCGGAAGAUUUAUUUUCGCUGACAGAACUUUGCUCGCGGGCUCUUCACUUCAUCACUUUUGCGGGGAGGCUUCUGCGUAGUGAUUUGAUAAACGGUGCGAAAGCCCAUAACACCACCUUCUCAGAUCGCUUGGUAGACAAUAUCGUUCGAUCAUGGACAUUUGCUGCACUUGAGCAGAUAUUGACAGAGACUUCUACUUCCUCGCUACCGUUCACAAAGUUUACAUCCGCGGAGGGAACUGGGUCAUCGAGUAAAACACUCCCGUUUGGGCGAAAUGCCAAAGAACAGAAGUUAUCCCUUGCUGAGCCCAAGUCUAUGUCGCAUCCAACGCGUUCUUCUUCGUUGAAUGCAGGUCAAGGUGGGCGUCCACAGUCCGCAAUGGACCCACCUUACUCCCAAAACCCCCCAACUGGCCAAGUGGUUUUCGAAAAUGGACAGUAUCGCGACCGCCACCCGAACCAAGAUAGUUCACUGCCGCAAGCAAAGAAUGGACAGCAGGAACUUGCAGGCGCCCGAGCCCAAUUGCUUGUCGUUCAAAGACGUAUUCUAGAGCAUGUGGGCAAAUCACUAGGGUGGAAUAUCGGUUGGGCGGCAAUUGUGUUGGUCCUCAAUCCAAAAGAAGAGCUCAGCGAAGUUGAUCUUAGCGAUGAAAAGAGUGGUUCAGAUGGAGAGAGCGAAGCUGAAUCGGACACCAAAGAGGGUGAAUCCGAAAUGAAAGAGGAAAGUCCUGUCACAACUCCUACUGUCGGCCUUUUUGCUACUAAGAUAGUGAAUGCCGUUCUAUCUAUCGAUCAAUUUCGACAAUCUUAUGAGGCUUUGAGCGACUUGAUUGUCAAACACUACAUGGCAGCUGGCCAAGCCAAGUCAGGAGAGAGUAUUAUGGGUGAUUUGGCCGCGCUUCGAUUUGAGCUCGGGGAUUUUGCUGCUGCUGCCAUGUAUUUUGGACGGAUGGCCUCUAUGUUUGCAGAAACAAGAUGGAAUACCGUAGAAACUACCAUGCUCAAGAUGUAUGCACAGUGUCUGAAGAGACUGAACCGCAAGGACGAGUAUCUCCGCACCCUUCUCGACCUACUGGCCAAGUCCGCUGCGAGCCGGAUAAUGACCCAGUCUGCCUCCAAAAGAGCGAGUGCUGAAAUUGUACCCCGCGACUUACCAAGAGAUUGGCUAGACGACGAUCGGGUUGACACUACAGGCGUUCUAACAGAAUCCAUUGAGUAUUCGCAGCAGCUCACGUACGAUAUGAACGUGCAGAUGGUUCAAUACUUCAAUGACAUUGCAGUUGAGCCAUAUGUGCGACAUUUUGAGGACAAGGACGGCUUCCAGCUGAGACUACAGUUUCGACAUGUUUUGGAGGACGAUAUAGAACUAGAUCAAGCAAGAGUGCGCUUGAUCAGUGCUACAUCAAUACAGGGCAAAGACAUCUGGCUAGAAAGUUCAGGCCCUAUCCAGGUCAAGAAGGGACUGUGUAAGGUUUGGGUGGGCAGCAAUAUCAACACCAUUGGCUCGUAUUCCGUCGACCGGAUUGUUGUACAAUCAAAGCGAGUUGUCUUCAGUCAUGAACCAUUUAAAAAGGCUGAGACAUCCACGCCUCUUGGAAUCAUGACGGCCGUGCCUACAGUAUCGGCGCAAGUUGCUAAGAAGUCCAGAGUGCACUGCUUCCCUCGCACGGAGGCCUUCCGCGCCCGACUUUACCUGGCACACUUUAUCCACAUCGACAAACCUCGCCAUGUCGAGAUUGAGUGUGCAAGUGGUUGGAACAACAUACAGAAUAUGGAGAUAAGACUUAAGGCUGCAUCUGCAGGACUCCGCAUCCGAACUGCAAACGCAUCUGGAGAUUUGAAAAUCGACGGAAAGCCUACACCUGGUGUCAUGACAAUCGGUGCUAUGCCGGCCGAUGGUAGAGCGACAUUCAGAAUACCUUAUGAGACAGAGUCUAUACUGCAAGACUUGUCCAUAAAGCUAGAGAUUGACUACACUACAGAGAACGGGUCAUUUCAGUUUUAUGAUUCAUUCACCAUUCCAGUGGAGCUCCCUCUCGACGUCAAUGUGCAUGAUCAUUUCAAAAACGACUCUCUCUUUUCGAAAUUCAACAUCAAGACUGCGAGUCAAGUGCCGCUGGAAAUACUCAAUGUUUCCCUGGAUGGUGCUGGCGAAUAUGAGGUCGCAGCCCCAAAACUGCCUCGAGACCCUGUGCACGUUUUUCCCAAACAGCCUGUCGCGAUUACAUAUAAGAUCACAAAAAGUCCCUCUGAUUCUCAGCAGCGCCAAAAAAGUCAAGCUCCUAAUAGCGGAAGUCUUGCACUGGCUGUGGAGUAUCGCUGCCUCGACGAAGAUGUCGUGGAUCGAUUGCGGGUGAUGUUUUCGGACGCGGUAGAGAACAGUUCGGUUCGCCGAUUGGCGCGUCUUCUUGUCAGUGUUUUCGUCGAUCGUCUGUUUCAACGUGUGCUUCCCAGUCAAUACGAGAAGAUUGCGUUACUAGAGAAGAUAGAUCUGGGCCUGUUCAACGAUAUGGGAUGGGGAGAAUGUAUCGAAAGUCUGCCGCAUGCAUUGCGUGAUGACACUCGAAACUGGCUCCAACAAUGGCACGAGACUCAUCGGAUCAUCCUGCUAUCCAAGGCAACGGACCUCGCAACGCCUCUUCCAAAUACUGCGCCCCUAUCGCCUCAUCCGCAUCGGCGCAUGAUCAUAACCGUAUCAGUACCACAAACCCAUAUUCUUCACACAGCCUUCCUAGAGCCGAUAUCAUCAGAGGCGUUCUCGCACGGAUCAACCGUCGCCGUCGUGGGGCAGCCAUUAGUCACCGUGCUCCGCAUUAAGCACACUCGUCAAUGGGCGCCCCCGGACAGCCUCAUGUCUGCCGCAAAUCUCGCCUCACCAACCGACCCCAUCGAGUUCGUCUACAGUCUCGAUGCCAAUCCCGAAAUUUGGCUUGUGGCGGGGCCCCGCCGCGCCCAUUUCAGUGCUACAGAAGGUGAAGAGCAUACGUUCUCGAUAAUGCUCAUUCCGCUGAGAGCAGGUACGGCGCUACUACCAAGUAUAGAUAUUAGGGCACGGGUUGCACCGAAGAGCGAGGAAAAGCGCAAGAGUCAAGCGAGUUCUACUGCUCCUGGCGUCGAUGCUGAAGACGAAGAGCAGUUGAAUUGCGAGACGGACUUGCUCAGCUCGGGCGAGGUGGUGCAUGUUGUUCCGGAUGUUAGGGAGAGUACGGUUGGGAUUGGAGAGAUGGGACGCGCAGCCAGUGCGGUCUGGUUGGAGGCGGAGGGGAGGUAGUUUUGCGGAGAGCGAACUGUUAAGUUUGAUGCCUUCAUUUGGGUGUGCAAUGAUUAACAGAAUGCAUAUAGAAAAAAACGCGUGUUUGCGUGGUAACAGCUCUUUUGACUUUCCAUUUUCUUCCUUCGGCAAUUGAAGUUCGGUCGGCUCUCAACAUUCACAGAAUGGGGUCGCGAAUCCAAGAUAGGCAAGAUAAAUAGCUUACAACAGUUAAGUUGUACCAGCAGUACUAUCCGAUGUGUUACAAAAGAAACAGCCAGUCUAGUCCAUACAAUUGCAAUCCUCCACCUCACUUGUACCAAAAUACAUAUACCGCCACCCAUUCUCCGAACUCCUUCGCAUCGUGUCGCCCUAGUCUUUCAUUUCACUAUUGACCAACAAAUGGAACUUCAAAAACCCCCUCUCUUUGAAAUUAAGCUCCAGAUACCUCCCCUCGCAUUCCCCACCGUUCUGUGAACGCACAGCAUCAUCGUUGCCACCACCGCCACCACCACGACUAGCCAUGUCGAGUUCAAGUCCCGAUCCGUUGAAGUCUAGAUCCAGAUGCGACAUGCGCUCUGCUAUCUUAUCCACGGCGAUAUCGUGAUCGUGCUCACAGUCGUACGCGCACGCGCUCGU